AUGGAUGAAGGAGACACACAGACUCGACUUGCGUCGAGUAUCUCAAAUAUCCCACGCCCAAAGUCGACCUACUCCCAUGCUGAAAGCUUGAGAGAUAUCACUAAUGCUGCAAACAACGCGCCGGGCCAGGCAAUGGCUUCUCCGCCCACUGCUGGCGAUAAAAAGAGAAAAACGCUGAGCGAGCGAGCAGGAGAACCGAGGAAGAAAGAGAACCUGGGGUCGAAACCGUUCGCCGGAACGACGAAAAUUGCGCAACCAAGGAGCCUAUGCGCAUCGAAGGCUGGUGGCUCCCGGAUGCCUUCGAACGGACCGAGACUUAGACCGCCACCGGGCACGCGAAAUAUUCCCCGUCCGCAAACGUCGACCGGCUACCUGAACGUUGAGAGAGGAUCGAUACCGCGACCGGCGACUUCAAUGGGUGGUCGGGAUGCUGGCCACGCGAGUCAAGCCCCUGGAAACCGAAAUGGUGCGCGUCAGCCCUCAUCUUUGAUAUCACCUACAUCACCUCCAUCUUCUCCUUUGCCCAUGCCCAAACUGCCCGAUAAAUCACUGGUUAAUAGAGCCUAUGACGGUCAGACGGAUCAUUUGUCUGACUGGUCCAGUCUUGCAUUGGAAAAUAACCACAUCCUUUUCUCCCGCAAUCCAUCGCUAUGCACUGCCAUGGAAUCACUUUCCCUGAACCAAAACCCCCCAAUGACAACUACAUUGCAAAAUAAAAAGCCGCAAAGCAGUUCCCCAUCCAAAGUGCCCACCCCCAGCCGCCCUACCCUGUCAUCCUCUGCCCCCUUCCGCCUUCCUUCUUGCCCGACUAUUCCUAAGAAAAUUCGCAAACAACGCUCCCCUAAAAAGGUCAUACCCUAUCUAACUCAGUACACUCAAGUCCAAGCAUGGGAUCAAGAUGAAAAGGAACAGAAAAUCUCCGAUAAUAUGAUCCAUGUUCGUCAGAUCGUCGAAGAGAUGGCCAAGCAGACUGCUGCCAUGACCGAAUCCACCGAUUUAUAUAAAUCUCGCACCCAGACUCUAGAAGAAGGCCAAACGAAGCUCCUGAACCAAAAUGCGGACUUGCGAGUUGAACUUGAGACUGCUAAAAAUUACUUGGCGAAUGCAGAAGCCAAGCUUAAGGAUGUCUCUCGCGAGCAUGAAAUAUCCAUGAGCGAACUUGCUACUCAACAUAGAAAUCAGUUGGAGACAAUACGGCAGGAUACCAGGGCGGAAAUCGCUGAGUUGAGAGUACAGCACAGAGCGGAACUCGCUGAAACUAGACGCCGAUUCGAAGCCGAAUUAGCGGUAGAGCGCCAACUGCGAUUGCAGGAGCUCGAACAGAUAGCGGCACAGUCAUCCCUCGAAAAACAACGUGGGCAGCUCGAUCUAAGCAACAAGGAUCGAGAGAUCCAAGAUUUACUCACGCAGAAGGAGAGGCUGCAGGGUGACGUUGAUCGAGAACGGGCGCUAAAUAAUGAAUUACAGCAAAGUUCAAUUCUACACGCCAACAAUACCGUCAACCUAGAGUCAUCAGUGCGUGCACUAAAAGCAAGAAUCGAGUUUUUGGAGUCGGGAAAUCAGGAGCAAUCCGAUGCUUUUGCGAAGCUCGAUAAAGAACUAAGCGAGGCCCUCGAGGAGACUAAAGCCGCGAAGGCACAAUUACGAAAGGAAGAAACUAUGCGAAGGAAGCUACACAACCAGAUUCAAGAGUUGAAAGGAAAUAUCAGAGUAUUUUGUCGCGUUCGACCAGUUCUACCUGCUGACAUGAGUGAAACCGCCGCCAGCAUUUCGUUCCCUGACGAAGAUAUGGAUUCCAGGGAGAUUUUGGUGCAGGGGCCGGAAGAGAAAUCAAGCCUGGGAGUAGUCAGUACAAAAAAUCACUCUUUUGCGUACGACCAUGUCUUUGGGCCAAGAUCGCAAAAUUCGGAGGUAUUUGAAGAAAUUAGCCAGCUUGUCCAGAGCGCUUUGGAUGGAUAUAACGUAUGCAUAUUCUGUUAUGGUCAGACUGGAAGCGGCAAAACCCACACUAUGUCUUCCGAAGACGGUAUGAUACCGCGUGCAGUUCGCCAGAUAUACGACACUGCUAGCGGUCUCGAGGAGAGAGGUUGGAAGUAUACCAUGGAGGGAAGCUUCAUUGAAGUAUACAACGAGAACAUCAAUGAUCUAUUAGGGAAAGCUGAGGAGUUUGACAAGAAGAAGCAUGAAAUCAGGCAUGACAUGCAGAAAUGCCAAACUACCAUCACCAAUGUCACCAACGUCAGGCUCGAUUCCCCUGAAAAGGUCGAAUCCAUUCUUCGCCGGGCCUGGACAAACCGCUCUGUGGCUGCUACUAAGGCCAAUGAACGCUCUUCUCGCUCACACUCCGUCUUUAUCCUACGGCUUGUUGGCGAGAAUUCAACAACUGGGGAGCACAGCGAAGGGACGUUGAACCUAGUUGACCUUGCAGGAAGUGAACGUCUUAGUCACAGUGGCAGUACUGGGGAUCGACUCAAGGAGACCCAGAAUAUCAACAAGAGUCUCAGCUGCCUAGGGGACGUUAUCGGUGCCCUUGGACAGGGUAAAGAGGGCGUCCACAUUCCCUAUAGGAACAGCAAGCUCACCUAUCUUCUUCAAUUCUCCUUGGGCGGGAACUCGAAAACGUUGAUGUUCGUCAUGGUUAGUCCCCGGCAGGACCACCUCGGUGAGACCUUAACCAGCCUUAAGUUUGCCGCAAAGGUCCAGAAUACCCAUUUAGGUACGGCAAAACGGCAAUCGCGUAUACGAGAUUCCUGA